AUGUUCGGCUCCACCACCCAGUCCAAUGGGUUUAGUUUUGGCAGCACGCCGAAACCCAACAUCUUUGGGAACUCCCAAAGCACAGGGCAGACCACGAGCAAUGCGCUUUUUGGGGGGCUGCAGAACCAGCAGAACCAGCAGAACCAGCAAAGCCAGCCGACCUCGAGCCCAUAUGGAGUCAACAUCGCGUCGGCGUCGGCGUCGGCACAGGAAUCUGAGAUGCCGCAGGCGUUGACGUCGCGCGUGCCUAAUACAGACACACAGCUAAAACGGAGGAGGUCGGCGUCCUCGAUAGCGUCGCACGAAACUAAGGAGCACGCCUCGUCUCUGUCCUUUCUGAGCCGUCUCUCGAAACCUUUUUCGGGCACUCUCAAGUACCCUAUGGAAACCGUGACGGGGAUUUUCACGUCGGACAAAGCGCACGAGACCAAAAGACCCAAAGUGGACGCGGUUCCGUUCUCAGAGGACUCUGUUUCGUUGCCAAAGUCCGAUUUCAGAAAGCUGGUAAUUCGGAAUCCUAAAGGAACGCACAGAAACUAUUACGAGAUCAACCCAGACGAAGUGCUUCUUGGCAAGGAAGUGGCAAGAACAAACGGGUUCAUGCGUGUUGUGUCCAACUUUAAGCCCUCGUUUCUCAGGCAAGAAGACAAGCUGCUGGAAUCGCCUGUAGAACAAGAUUCCAGCUUUUCAAAAAUACCCGAGGGCUACUGGUGCUCGCCUUCGAUUGAAGAUCUUUCAAAAAUGACGCAGCAGGACCUGAUGCAUGUGCAGAAUUUCACGGCUGGAUGCCGGGGAUUCGGCCAGGUCUCGUUCUCGUAUCCGGUCGAUUUAUCAGCAUUCCACAGCAGGCUGGACCAGCUUUUAGGCGUGCACAUCGUUUUCAGACCAAGAAUAGUGCAAGUGUAUCCUGACGGAACAGACAAGCCCUCGCCGGGAAAUGGAAUGAAUGUGCCUGCUGUGAUUAGUCUGGAGAAAUGCUAUCCCUUUGAUAAGGCCACCAAAACGCGGAUUACCAACCCCUCUGCUCCCGAGGUUUCUGCACAUAUUAAUCGACUCAAGAGUACCCCAGGAAUGGCGUUCGUCAACUAUGAUCCUAUUACCGGAACGUACACUUUCAAGGUGGACCAUUUCAGUAUCUGGGGACUGGUUGACGAGGAUGAAGACGAUCCGCAGCUUGUCCAACGCUUCAGAAAACAAAUAGAGAGCGAGAAUCAGCGCGAGGCACGUAAACAGACACAGAAAAGAGAGGCAUUUAAGCGCAUAUCUUCGUAUACUGGAGACUUGGAGGCUGUUCCUGGAGGAUGGACCGCAGAGUCGGAAGACGCAAACAUGGAAGACAGCGUGGAACUCGGACAGGAUGACUACAUUCAGGUAGACGCACCGGAGCCAGACAAUGAUGUCAGCGACAUGGAAGACGAGGUUCUUCCUGAAGACCCAGUUUUCGACGAUCUGGUGCAUGUGCGCGCAUACGAGCCAGACCUAGAAGAAAUUGAUAUGAUGGUUCUCAAAAAGGAGGCCAAGUUCGAGACCAGUGAAAACUGGAGCCACCAGCUGGAGCUGGCUUCCGGGUUCGAGUCUGUCUUCAGCAACGAAUAUGACUACUCGAAAAAAAUGGACGUGUCUGCCAAAAGUGUGAACGAGCUGCUUUUUAGUAGGGACUCGCACAAACGCAAGAAAGUGGAAAUGAAGCCAGUGCACUCUGAGGAUUUGCAGACGUUGAAUAGUGUUCUGGCGGGCGAAAUGCGCCAGAUGAAAGUCAUAGCUAGAGAAAACUCAUAUCCGUUAAUCAAGCCUGACGAAGACGUUUCGCUACAGUCCAUUCUCAACAUCUACAGGAACUCGAGCGAGUUCAAAUUUUGGGAUCUGAUUGCGCGACUCUUCGAUGACAAAUACUGCGAGUCGUUUCUUGGACAAGCUGAGUUGGAUGCGUAUGCAGGCAAGCCACAGCUGAGAAAAACAUUCAUCGACCUGCAACGCCGGGAGCUAUUGAUUGACUGGCUGCACGACCACAGCUUGCCAGAAAUCAACAAGCUGCUCGAAGCCUCAAAAUCGGAUCCUCUGGAGAGAACAUACUUGCAUAUUUGUUCUGGCGACAUAGUAAAGGCGGUGGUGACAGCAAUCGAAUCCUCAAACAACCACCUGUCUGUUCUUCUAACCCUAAUAGACUCAAAUGACCCUUCAGUUAGAAGACUAUCAAGAGCACAGCUAAAGGAAUGGGAAUCUACCUCUACGCUGCAGUACAUCCCUGCUCCGGUGCUAAAGGUCUACAAGCUUUUGGCAGGAUACAUACUAUCUAACGACAUUGUCCAGCAUUUGAAAGGACUUUCGUGGCCGACUGUUCUUUUGAUGCAACUGAAAUACGGAGACACAAACCGCAGCAUCAGCGAACUGGUUAACGACGUGAUUGACCACGAGUCAAAGCUAUGGGUUGCGCCAAGCGUGCGAGACAAGUAUUAUCUCGCAUUUAAGCUUCUGAGUUCUCCCUCUUCCGUCGUCAUCCACUACGACAACGAGACGCAGUUCCUGCUGUUCAAGAAGCUGAACAGUAUGCUGAAUUUGUCCAAUAUUGACAACGUGAUUCUUCAACUGAGCCAGAAGCUUGCCUCACAGGAAUACUAUGAGGAAGCCUUGUUUGUUUUGGAACAUUUGAGUGACGAUGCCCUUUGCGAGUCUGAAAUCUCGAGCCUGAUCAAACUGAACAUCGACUCGUUCCGCUUCUUGGAUAACGACAUGAGACUCGACACCUUGCACCAGACAUACAGACUUCCAAAGUCUAUUCUUCACCAGGCCAGAUCCAGGAGGUUUGAAAAGGAUGGAGAUUCCGUGAAGGCUGUGUGGGCGCUGGUCGAGGCAGGAUCGAUGGAAGAGGCACAUAAGCUGACCUUAAGCGAGGUUGCGCCCGAAUUUGUGAUUGCCAAUGCCAACCUUGACGAAUUGGAGGAACUGCUUGUCAAAUUUAAGACCUUGUCUGACUGGGUGAUUGGUGCUCAGAUAUACUACGAAUAUAUCCAACUCAAGAAGAACAGCGAUGAGAACUCUGUCAAGGCUCACACCAAAAAGCUUCUUGACGGAUUAGUUCUUCUGCGCGAGUCGAAUCCCAAGGCCAGAAUCGCAAAGACCCUGAUGUACAGAGAGGUGAUUCGUCUCAUAUUUGACUUGUCGCUCGACUACAACGAGCAGCAGCUACUAAGCCUGGAUCUUCCGUCCAGUGAGAUGAACUACCUGAAAAGCAGACUACCUGCUAAAUAG